AUGCAUGACCAUCGCAUCCGCACUACGGAUGCGUUAUUGGAAUCGCAUCCGCACUACGGAUGCGUUAUUAGAAUCGCAUCCGCACUACGGAUGCGAAAACUUUAUCUUUACCUUAUUACUUUAGAGAAACCUUUGGAUUACCAAAUGCAUUACCUCAAAACUAUAAAUGAUUAUAGUUUUUGCGAUUUGUUAGAAAAUAAACUUUUCCUCUCCCAUAUGACCACUGGUUUGAGGAUUAUGUUGUGCAUCUAUAAAGAGAGAUUACUAUGGCAGGACUUUGUGUUAGACAAUGGCUGUUUGGUCUAG